UGCGCCUCGCUCUACCAGGAGGCGCAGUGUCCACGGGCCAGGAGGCUCUCGGCACAGCGCACGUAGCACGGGCCGCCGCCAAGGGCAGGCCGGGCGCGGUCAAGUUGUGGGUUGGGCGCUCCCAGAGCCGACACCAGGGGGGCUCUCGAUGUAGCACCAUGACAGGCAUCGCCGCCGCCUCCUUCUUCUCCAAUACCUGCCGCUUCGGGGGCUGCGGACUCCACUUCCCCACCCUGGCCGACCUCAUCGAGCACAUCGAGGACAACCACAUCGAUACCGAUCCACGUGUUUUAGAAAAACAAGAACUACAGCAGCCAACCUAUGUCGCCCUCAGUUACAUCAAUAGGUUCAUGACGGAUGCUGCCCGCCGAGAGCAAGAGUCCCUCAAAAGGAAGAUCCAGCCCAAGCUGUCGCUGACCCUGUCCAGCUCGGUGUCCCGAGGGAAUGUGUCCACUCCACCACGCCACAGCAGUGGCAGCCUUACUCCCCCUGUGACCCCGCCCAUCACCCCCUCCUCUUCCUUCCGCAGCAGCACACCAACAGGCAGUGAAUACGACGAGGAGGAGGUGGACUAUGAGGAGUCAGACAGUGAUGAGUCCUGGACCACCGAGAGCGCCAUCAGCUCGGAAGCCAUCCUCAGCUCCAUGUGCAUGAAUGGGGGCGAAGAGAAGCCUUUCGCCUGCCCGGUGCCAGGGUGCAAGAAGAGAUACAAGAAUGUGAAUGGAAUCAAGUACCAUGCUAAGAAUGGUCACAGAACACAGAUUCGUGUCCGCAAACCAUUCAAAUGUCGGUGUGGGAAGAGUUACAAGACAGCUCAGGGCCUGCGGCACCACACAAUCAACUUCCACCCCCCGGUGUCGGCUGAGAUCAUCAGGAAGAUGCAGCAAUAACCCGCUGGUUGUAACUGUGCCAAGAAAUCCUCACCAGCAGUUGCUGAUUUUGAAAACAGCCACCUUUUUUUCAGGGUAAGCACUCAGCAACCCUUUAAAGAAUUAAAUGCAUGCUUUAAACCUUUUCUGUAUUUUGGAAUGAUGUAUCUUUGUAGCGUUAAUGAUUUUGUACAUUUGCACAUGGAAUCAUCUACCCACUUUCAUUACUUUGAUGUAAGGUGCUAAACAAACAAGCUCCAGGUUCUUCAGCACAUUUCCCCCCAAAACAAACCCGAGGGCGGGCGUGUGGCAGAGCGCUCAGCUGCCUCGCAGUGGUAGCGCUGGGGGAGGAAGGGCCGGCACGUAGGUAUUUUUCCCAAGAUUGUAACGUGAUUGAAGUUGUUCAACACAUCAACUCACAUGUGUUCAAAACCAAAACAAUACCUUCAUUAUCAAGCUGUUACCAUGCCUUACAUGAUGCAGUUAGUAUUUGUGAGUAGAAAGACUUUAGGUAAUGGAACUAUAAAUAAGAAUGUCUAACAAUAUGCUAAAAAUAUUUUCAUAUUUAAAUAACAUACAUAAAAAGGUGUGCUUUCUGUGUUUUAUAUUAUCUAGCAGAAUCCUUUUUGCCCUUUCAAAAGCUGAAAAUCUUGCCAUCUGACUUACCAAUAAUGUUAGUGUUACAACCUGCAUUUUUGUAUGAAAGUCUGUCCAGUUCCCUCAUUAACAGUCGAGUGCCUGCUGGGUGCGAGAGGUUCAACUGACGCCUACUGUGAUCUGCGGACCAAGAUACCAGUGGAGUGCAAUCCUUUCCCUGAAAUCUGUUAGCAAACGCUUUGAAGUACUGAAGUGCAAAUUUUGUGUGUGAAGUUUAUUACAUCUUCAUCUCCAGCUGAAGCUUAAAGCACUUUGUAGUUCUCUAUUGCCAACUGCUUAUGUGUUGCCAAUUCUUGCAACCACUGCCCCUAACCAAUCUGCGGGUUGCAAAUCCAAGUUGGAAGCAUGCUGCAAAGAGGCACAUUUUCGUUAAGACCCCAACUGCCGCCUCUUCCCACUCAUUGUGUUGGAGACUCCUUAAAAGGCACUUUUCCCAUCACACUGUACAUGUCUGCAUCCUCCUUGCAAAUGUCUGUUUAGCUUUAUAAACAUUUUUGCUGAAAUAUGAAAAUGAGCCUUAUUGACAAUUAAGUGCUUCUUGCAGCAGGUGGUCAAAGAAAAGUGACUAAUAUGACCCAUAAGAGUAACUUACAUCUGGACCAUUCCUGAAGUUUUUCUCACCGACAGUACCAUCAUGCCUUGAGUGUUUUCUCCCAAGUGCUAUUCCUUACAUGAAAGAGUUUACCAGUUGCCUAAUUAUGCAAUAAAAAAACUGCUUGAGACAGCUAACCCCCCACAGGACAAACUGAAGAAACGCAAACUCAAGCUGCAUACCACUUUCUUCCCAUGUUCUCAUUUGACAAAAUUUACACAGAGCUGGGAAGCAGGAGUCCCCUCCGAGAGAUGACAACUCUGCUAGCCAGAUGGGUAGCUCCUGUGUCCCUAAGCCGCGAAUCCCUCAUGA